GCAAGAUGCGACGUCCUGCUCCAAAGCAUUGUGGGAUGACCUCUAACCUUUCAUGUCGUCUGCGGUUGCAACGAGAGUUGCAAUGUCACCGCUAAUUUCAUGUUUUUACGACGAAUUUCCCUCAGAGUUUGUACUUUUGUGUUGGUAGAAAGGUCCGUCUUGUGUAGGAGUUUCACCAUGCAGCGUUGUGUGGUGCGGUGUGUUCCCGAAGAGGAAAAAAUGACGAUUUCGUACAGGUUGGGGGAGGGGCAGAGAAAUCUGCUCAGGGCCAAGACAGAACCUCUGGGAGGCGCUCUAUCCAGGAUAGUCUUCAAUACCAACAAAUACCUCAACAAAGGCAAGAAGAAGAAAAAGGCCAAACUCGAAGCUGCAAAUGCCGAAAGUGAAAGUAACACCAUCACAGCACAACUCACCUUCAACAAAGUGAAAGUAGACGACGACAUUCCCAACUCCGAGGCAUGGCAGGAAGGUGCCAUUUUAGAAAUAGGGGAGGACAGGUACUUGGUGAAUGUGAACCCCCCUAUGGUGAAGUCAGUGGUUCUGCCCAUUUCAAUCAUGGCUGGCUUUCCUGUGUUUCCAAGACUAGAUCUUGACUUUGCCAGUAGACAGGAGUCAUCUUACACAUGGUACAGGGAAGACAGUUCCGUCCCAACCCCAACACCUACAUCUAACUCAGGGGACUCCAAAAGAAAAUCAAAUGAAGAAAACAAACAAACAAACUGGGUCCAGGCUUCUCAUGACCUCAUCUACACCCCAGUGAACUCUGACAUAGGGUCAAAGUUGAAGUUUGUGUGUACACCAAAGUGUGAUGGGAAGGAAGGCGUUACCAUGGAGACGGUGACGUCGUGUCUGGUGGAGGCAGGGCCAGGGCUGUGUCCGUUUGAGACCAGACACCUGUACACUAAGAAAAGGACAGAGAAAGGGUGUUUCCGAGUUGUGUCCUACAACAUCCUGGCAGAUGUCUACGCUAAGACCGAGCUGUCCCUGACUGUGCUGUACCCGUACUGUCCUCCAUACGCCCUUGAGCUGGACUACAGGAGACAGCUGCUGCUCAAGGAACUAGUAGGCUAUAAUGCAGACCUCCUAGUCCUACAGGAGACUGGGAAGUCCCUGUUUAACGAUGCCCUGGUCCCAGCCCUGGACCUGUCUGGUAUGGACGGUGUGUAUAUUGGGAAGGGACAACAGUCAGAGGGGGAGGCCAUCUUCUACCACAGGGACAAGUUUAGGUUCCUAAGUCAGGAGGACAUCAAUGUUGGUGAGUGCCUGACCAGUGAUCCCAGCUGUCACGACCUUCAGAAGUGGCUGUCCCACAGUCCUGCUGUCCUCAACAAGGUCACUUCAAGGUCGACUGUCUUACAGGUUGUGUUGCUGGAGUCUAUAGAAGACCCCAGUAGAAGACUGUGUGUGGCAAACACUCACCUCUACUGGCACCCCCGCGCUCCACAUGUCAGACUUGUACAGAUGGCCGUGUGUCUGAAGUUCCUAGAGAAGAUAGUCAACUCGAACUCUACACAGGACAGCAGUGUUUCUCUCCUGCUAUGUGGAGACCUGAACAGUCACCCGACCUCAGGACUGUACGAACUGCUGACCAAACAGGCUGUCCCAGCAUCCCACACUGACUGGUUCCCCGCUGAACCACAGACGACUGAUGAUGGCAAACUGGAGUUACAAGAGGGCGUUGACCUCUCGCACCCCUUCACUCUCACCAGCGCCUGUGGACUCCCGGACUAUACCAACUAUGUAGGGGGGUUCCAGGGUACACUGGACUACAUCAUGAUUGACACCUGUCAGCUGGCUGUCAAUCAAACCAUCCCCAUGCCAACGCAUGAGGAGGUAACGGCUAACACUGCACUGCCGAGUAUCGUUUUUCCGUCGGAUCACAUCGCGAUUAUAGCUGAUGUAGAGUGGAAAAAGACAUAGUACAUCUAAUGUAUGAUAAUAAUAGAUGUAGUAUGUUCAAUGAAACCAAAGCCACACCAAGUUAUUAGAUUUGGAAAGUAUGAUAAAAUAAUCAUGCAAAACUGAAAGAUCAUUCAACAUGAAACACAGUACCGUAAAAUUGCAUGUUUUGAUGGGAAUUUUAAAUUUACUUCUCUACAAAGACCAUGAAAAUAAAACCACUGAAAAAGUUUUACAAUUUACAGUAUCAAGUAGUCAGAUUUGAAUUUUUCUCUGUCUUUUGUUUUCAUUUUGUCUUCUUUGAAAUCUUCUAUGAAAAUGUACUCUAAAAUGUCAGGGAACCGAAACACAAAAUUAUCUAAACUAACCUAAAACCUUAACAGAUACAGACACUCUCUUCUAAGUUCAAACAAAAAAGUGACAGCCUCUGUAAAAGUACACCAUUUAAUAUGAAAUCAUAAGUAACGAACAAUUGCACCCUGUAUCACACCUUUUUUUCUUCUUUGGUCAGUUCUCAGUGAAUCAAGUUUGUCUAAAUUAUGAUGUUUCAGAAUGAUUUUCCAUUUAGGCAGGUAGGCAGAAUGAUUUUCCAGGACUAUUUGAUACCUAACCCUGAACUGGUCUUCUUGUCUUUUUACGUGUUGACCAUUGUGUAAGUAGUUCAGGGAGUAGAAAUGUUCAUUUGGGCUUGCAUUGAACAAGAAUCAUUAACAAGAAAAAAUCUGAACUUAUAAUGUGUCAACAUAGUAUUGUUUUCUAUCUGAACAUUUGCAUCAUUUGUGAGAGGUAGAGAGGUAGUAAGCUAGUUACUGUAUCUUUUGUUUUUGUUACAUAAUAGAUAUUCAUGUCAGUAAAUAAUGAAGCUGCUGGCAAUACAAAUAUAGCACCAGAUUAUAAUGAUGGCAUUUGAAAAUAAAAAUGAAUCUAGGUUUAAAA